AUGACUUUUUACGAUCGAUUCUUUUAUUUCCUGUACAGUAUUCCAUUUAUAGUCAAGGGAGUGAAUGUUUUGAUGCCGCAGUUGAGAAAAGAAAAUAAUAAUAACUUCAUUGCUGCCCAACCUAACGAUAUAAAUUCGCGACAGGAAUGGAUUGAGCUUUUUAAUGAAUUCGAUACAAAUAAGGACGGUGAGUUGUGUAAAGACGAAAUUAAAUGUCUAAUGAGAGUGUUAGGGACUAAUCCGACUGAUGAAGAAGUUGACGAAUACAUAAAGGAAGUUGAUAAAAAUGAUGAUGAGAAAGUUAACUGUGAAGAGUUUUGUACGUUCAUGGAAAAGCAGCUAGCUAGCGGAGAUCCAAAGGAGAAAUUACGAGAGGCUUUUGACUACUAUGACAUAGACAAGAACGGAAAAAUAGACAGGAGAGAACUCAAACGCAUUCUGAUGGACUGUAGAGAAGACCCCAAUGAUGAAGAUCUGAUUGACGAGAUAAUUAAAACUGCUGAUAUAAAUAAAGACGGCAUGAUUGACCUGGAUGAAUUUGUACAGCAUCUACAGAAUGUCUGAAAUAAAGGAGAGAAAACGACAAUAAAACCAUUGGAUUUAUAUACAUCGUGUAGCAAACACUACUACAGUAGUAAUAGUCGUAUAUGUUUUGUGGAAUAAUGAAAGAUCUUACAUCCCGGUCCGCAAAAGUUGUUUCUUAAAUAAUAGAAGCCAUCUCAUACAAAAUCAUGACAACAGAUUCUUAUCUAGUAUAAUAAUGAGGAAGUUUGACCGGGAAAAUGUUUCUUGUUUCAGUAUGAUGCAAUUUAUUUUUAGAACAGUGCUUAUACGUAUUUAGUCUUGUAUAUAAAAUACAAUCAUCACCGCAGAAAAGUUGGAAACUUAUAUUAUAGAAUAUUUCUAAAAGUGGCCAUAUUAAAGAAUGUUUUAUUUCUGUGUUCUUUUGAGGCAUAAGUCAUUAUUCAGCUUUAAUCUGUUCAUGUAGGAGGGCAAGAGUGCCGUUACCGAAAUGUGGCAAAAACACUAUACAACAUUGCAUAAUUUCCCAUCGUGUAACUGCUGCUUUCAAAUAGAAAACUACGUGACUUCGGUCGUACUAUUAGCCUAAUAGGCUGAUAUUCCUAAUGGUAUUGUC